AUCGGACAAUUCGACGAAAAUGUUGAACAAUGGAGCUCAUACACGGAGCGAUUUGAAUAUUUUCUGCAGGCAAACGCCAUUGAGGGUGAGAAGAUUGUGCCUACGUUCCUCAGUGUGAUGGGUGCAAAGACUUUCACUUUGCUACGCAGUCUCGUACAGCCUAGAAAACCAGGUGAGAAAACUUAUGCUGAGAUUGUGGCAGUGUUGAGCGCACAUUUUUCACCUAAACCGCUGGUGAUAGCGGAACGAUUUCGGUUUCACAAGAGAAAUCAGGAAGAGGGAGAAACUGUUACUAUUUUUGUGGCUGCACUGAAGAAACUUUCAGAACACUGUGAAUUCGGCGAUGUUUUGAAUGAUACCAUCAGGGAUAGGCUCGUUUGUGGAUUAAGAAGCGAAGCCAUUCAAAAAAGGCUGUUAAGUGAAAGUAAUCUCACAUUGCAAAAAGCCACUGAAAUAAGUGUAGGCAUGGAACUUGCUGCUAAAGAAGCACAGCAUUUCAGUAGCUCAGAUAAAGUCCAUAAAUUGUCUGCUGACAUGAGCACAGUCCAGAAUUCCCCUGGCAAAGCACCUACAAAUGCAACAUGUUUUAGAUGUGGCAAAGUCGGACAUCUUGCAUCUGAGUGUUGGAGUAAAGAGUUGGUGUGUCGUAGUUGUGGAAAAAAAGGCCACAUAGAACGUGCUUGCAGAGGAAAACAAAAGGUUGCAAAACAAAAAUUCAGCAAAACACCUGGCACAUCAAAGAACAAGAGGAAUGUGUAUACAAUGCAGUCAAAUUGCAAGUACACAGAUGACACCAAUUCCUCCGCAGAGGAAGUUCCUUUGAAUAUUCUAGCUAUGGAAGGAGACUCCAAAGGCUAUUUGGUGACACCUAUCAUUGAGGGAGAGCCGGUGUGUAUGGAGAUAGACACUGGCGCUGCUGUUUCUAUCGUGUCAGAUGCUGUGUACCACAAAACCCUAAAACAUGUCUACUUAAAGCCAUCCAAGAUAGUGUUGAAAAUAUAUACGGGGGAGCCUGUGACUAUUAGAGGGGUAAUGGAUGUGGAAGUGGAAUUAAAUGGUCAAUCAGCAACGCUGCCACUGUAUGUGGUAAAAGGGAACUACCCAGCUUUACUUGGUCGAGAAUGGCUGGAAACUAUUAAACUGGACUGGCCGACGGUGCGGAUGGUGUCAAAGGGAAACUCAGAGCUCAGGGAUGUUCUAGAAAAACAUACUGAUAUUUUCAAGGAUGAACUGGGUACGAUGAAAGACAUUACAGCCAGGCUCGACAUUAAGCCUGAUAGUAAGGCCAAGUGUUGCAAAGCCCGUUCUGUGCCAUAUGCUAUCAGAUCAAAAGUUGAGACCGCUCUGGAAGAUUUGGUAACCAGUGGAGUCAUCAUACCAGUGAGUAACAGUGAAUGGGCUACGCCUAUUGUACCCGUACUUAAAAAGGAUGGUUCCAUUCGAAUUUGUGGUGAUUUUAAAGUCACAGUAAACCCUUUACUGUCUCCUGACCAGUAUCCACUUCCCCUCAUUGAUGAUCUGUUUGCUGGCUUGGCAGGGGGGAAGCGGUUCAGCAAACUUGAUUUAAGUCAAGCCUACCUACAAAUGAAAGUCGAUGAGAAUUCUAAGGAGUUACUGACAAUUGUCACACACAAGGGGCUUUUCAGAUACCAGCGUCUUCCCUUUGGUAUCACAUCGGCCCCUUCGCUUUUCCAGAGGGCCAUGGACCAGGUGUUAAGUGGCCUGUCGGGGGUGCAGUGCUAUUUAGAUGACAUCUUGGUAACAGGAAAAACCGAAGCAGAGCAUCUGAGUAAUCUGGAUGGUACACUCCAGCGCCUAAAGGAAUAUGGUUUAAGAGUGAGGAAAGACAAAUGUGAGUUUUUCAAACAGUCAGUUGAAUAUCUUGGUCAUGUGAUCGAUGCUGAUGGACUGCACAAGGCACCUUCAAAAGUAAGAGCCAUACUAGAGGCUCCAGCACCGCAGAAUACCACCCAGCUCCGCUCGUUCAUUGGUCUUCUGAAUUACUAUGGACGAUUCAUCAGUGGAUUAGCCACACUGUUGAAACCACUACACCAACUUCUGUGUAGUAACCAGUCAUGGGAAUGGACACAGCAAUGUGAGACCACUUUUCAAGAAGCUAAGAAAGCUAUGGUGAAGUCCGGUGUGCUAACCCAUUUUAACCCAAAGCUCCCCCUGCAGUUAGCCUGUGAUGCGUCACCUUAUGGGGUGGGAGCUGUGAUUUCCCACAUCAUGCCUUCAGGAGAAGAAAGGCCAAUAGCAUUUGCCUCACGCACGCUGAACAAAGCAGAGAGCAAGUAUGCGCAAAUUGAGCGAGAAGCUUUGGGAAUAAUUUUUGGUGUUAGAAAAUUUCACCAGUAUCUGUAUGGCAGGCAGUUUAUACUGCUAACUGAUCACCGGCCUUUAACCACCAUUCUUGGGCCACACACAGGUAUUCCCUCGCUGGCAGCAAGCCGAAUGCAGAGAUGGGCUCUGCUGUUAUCAGCACACACAUAUGAAAUAAGAUAUAGGAAGGCAGAGCAACACGGAAACGCAGAUGGUUUAUCAAGACUACCAUUACCCGUGACUUGUCCCGAGAGCAAGCAGAAAGAUAUUUUCUACUUUGAGCAAGUCACAAUGGCUCCGGUGACCUCCACACAGGUGAGAAGAUCCACAAGAAAUGAUCCAAUUCUGUCUGCAGUCAUGGAGAUGGUAAAAGAUGGACACGUGCCUAAGGACACCACCAACUUGAAGCCAUACCUGUCUAGAAAGGAUGAACUGUCAUUUCAUUCAGGAUGUCUUCUCUGGGGACAAAGAGUCAUCAUUCCCCCAUCGUUGAGAAAACCAGUCCUCCAGCAGCUCCAUGUAGGCCAUUGUGGUAUUGUGCGAAUGAAGGAAAUAGCUCGGAGUUAUUUUUGGUGGCCAGGUCUGGAGAUGGACAUUGAAGGAAAAGCAAAGUCAUGUCCGUCCUGCCAGCAAGUGAGAAAUGAACCUCAAUUGGCCCCAUUACACCCGUGGGACUGGCCAGAAAUCCCUUGGCAGCGUGUACAUGUGGAUUUUGCUGGUCCAGUCGAAGGAAAGAUGUUGUUAAUAACGGUGGAUGCCCACAGCAAGUGGCCUGAAGUUGUUGUUAUGCAAUCUACGACUGCAGAGAAAACAGUAGUGAAACUUGGAGAAAUAUUUGGCCGCUUUGGCUACCCUGAACAGCUCGUCAGUGACAAUGGGCCGCAGUUUACAUCACAAGAAUUUGCUGUGUUUUUACAACGAUGUGGGGUACAACACAUUAAAUCAGCUCCGUACCACCCAGCCACGAAUGGUCUCGCAGAGAGAAUGGUUCAAACCAUCAAACACGCCUUAAAGACAUCACAAGGACAAGGGAGCCUUCAGCAGCGUCUGAAUGAUUUCCUGUUGUCAUACCGAAACACCAGCCAUGGGACAACAAAGGUUUCUCCAGCUUCUCUGAUGUUGAAACGUCCACUGCGCUCUGGAUUUGACUUACUCAGACCUUCUACUGUCAAAGAGGUGGUAACUCAUCAGCAACAGAAGCAAGUUCACAGGAGAGACAUGAAGGCUAAAAGCAGACUGUUCCAUCCUGGACAAAAUGUUCUGGCACGCAACUAUACUUCAGGACCAAAGUGGGUACCAGCGACAGUGAUAGCUCAAACCGGCCCAGUGUCAUACACUGUACUAACAUCUGACAAGCUUACCUGGAAAAGACACGUGGAUCAGCUGUUGCUGGGAUCUUCUACUGAGGUGGAGUCUGCUGUUGUCACACCUACUGUUUGUUCGGACUAUCCAAUGGUUCCAGAAGUGACUGUGGACACCCCACUUACACCAGAAAAAGGACCUGAGACUGAAAACUUUCCGCAAAUGCAAAGCUUGGAAAAACAACCAGACUCAGGAUCCAACAUAUCUGUUUCAGAGCCCAUGUCAAACGCAGAACGCCGUUAUUCCACUAGGGAAAGACGUCCACCUAAAAGACUUGAUUUAUAG